CCAGGCCGCUUUCUGCCGCGGAGCGUUUGACUGCCUCUCUCCCCUUUCGCUGCAUUGGAGCUGUCCGUCCAGGUCACGUGCGCGUCAAGAUGGCGGCCCCUAGAGCACACUGCAAGCGUCGCGGUGUCUGAAGCGGUGGUGGUGGCUGCGGGAGCGGAUGAGCUGUGCGGGUUCCACGUUCGUGGACCUAGCUGGGUCGUUCGGCGCCGGGGAGCAGGGGUUUUUGUGCCUGAGAGGAGCUGUGGAAAGAAAAAGGCGUGUGCCAUGGUGACAGAGCAGGAGGUGGACGCCAUCGGGCAGACACUGGUGGACCCGCAGCAGCCCCUGCAGGCCCGCUUCCGGGCACUCUUCACACUUAGAGGGCUCGGCGGCCCGGGUGCCAUUGCCUGGAUCAGCCGGGCCUUCAGCGAUGACUCUGCCCUGCUCAAGCACGAGCUGGCCUACUGCCUGGGCCAGAUGCAGGACCGCCGGGCUGUCCCUGUGCUGGUGGAUGUGCUGCGUGACACCCGCCAGGAGCCCAUGGUGCGCCACGAGGCAGGGGAGGCCUUGGGGGCCAUUGGUGACCCAGAAGUUCUGGAGAUCCUGAAGCAGUACUCCACCGACCCCGUCAUCGAGGUGGCUGAGACGUGCCAGCUGGCGGUCUGCCGGCUGGAGUGGCUGCAGCAGCACGGUGGGGAGCCAGCGGCAGCAGGGCCCUACCUCUCCGUGGACCCUGCCCCACCGGCCAAGGAACGUGACGUGGGUCGGCUGCGGGAAGCACUGCUGGACGAGGCCCGGCCGCUCUUUGACCGAUACCGAGCCAUGUUCGCCCUGCGAGAUGCCGGUGGCGAGGAGGCCGCCCUGGCACUGGCCGAGGGCCUGAGCUGUGGCAGUGCCCUCUUUCGUCACGAGAUUGGCUAUGUUCUGGGCCAGCUGCAGCAUGAGGCGGCCGUGCCCCAGCUGGCGGCAGCCCUGGCUCAGCGGACUGAGAGCCCCAUGGUGCGACAUGAGUGUGCUGAGGCCUUGGGAGCCAUCGCCCGGCCCACCUGCCUGGAUGCCCUGCGGGCCCACGUGGCUGACCCUGAGCGCGUGGUGCGGGAGAGCUGCGAGGUGGCCCUGGACAUGUAUGAGUACGAGAUGGGGCCAGCCUUCCAGUACGCUGACGGACUGGAGCAGCUGCGCUCGCAUACCUCCUAGAGCUCCUGCCCGGCUGGCCGGGGCCUCUCCCCUGCGGGACUCGGUAUAUAAACUGAAUUUGUAUGAAUUGCAUCUUGCUUCCUUGGCUCCCUGAGCCCAUUUCCUUGGCCGGAUCCCAGCCACUUUCGCAUCUUGAGUAACCACCCCUUCCAGCCAGACUACCUCCUACCGCUUGGCCUAGCACUGUGCCCCCAGCAGGAUGUCAGCGUGGGAGGGAGGACCUGGGGGCGGGGUAGGGGUGGGGCUGCGUUCUGAGGAGGUUGGGUGUCCCGGCUCCUCCAGGAAUGGGGGGUGCAGGGAAAGGCACUGUGGGGAAACCUGUGCCCAGGGGGCCUGGGCAGGGUCUGGGUCUCUAACUCCCCACCCUGGCCCUGGGUGGGCUGGGCCAGGAGACUGGGACAAACAGGCCCAAGGUCACUGCUCAAGUGCAAUAUUAAAUUAUCUUUUGCCUUGU